AUGGCCAGCGGGGAGAAAGCGCCGCGUUGCGAUCAGCUGAUCGCGCGAAGGCAUCAACCGAGGCUUAGAGAAACCGCCACCGGUGCACUUGACACCGAGCACGGCUGCAUGGUCAUUGCCGCGACGCGAGCGCGCAUCUCAGGCGCGCGAGUGAAAGUCGAACCGCCUCCCCCCGCGCCCGCCCACCGCCCCGCAGCGGCCCGCACUAUAUGUGUCACUAGUAGACCUGGC